UGUAAUGGCUUCCUCCACCUACUUUAAGCUAUGCUUCAUCACUAUCUUCUUCUUGAUACAUAAUUAUGGUUGGGUCUCUGCGCAGCUAUCGCCCAAAUUCUAUUCUACUUCAUGCCCCAGAGCCCUAUCCAUCAUCAAGUCUGUUGUUAACUCUGCGGUGUUAAAAGAGCUACGGAUGGGUGCCUCGCUUCUUCGUCUCCAUUUCCAUGACUGCUUUGUCAAUGGCUGUGAUGCAUCUCUACUGUUAGACAACACCGCAAACUUCAUAGGAGAGAAGUCAGCUGGGGCCAAUAUCAAUUCCCUGAGAGGAUUCGAAGUGAUUGACACCAUGAAGUCCCAACUAGAGACUAUCUGUCCCGGCGUCGUUUCUUGUGCCGAUAUCAUAGCCGUUGCAGCUCGUGACUCUGUCAUCGCUUUGGGUGGAACUACAUGGAAAGUCCGUUUAGGAAGGAGAGAUUCAACUACGGCAAGCUUAAGUGCUGCAAACAGCAACAUUCCAUCCCCUGCCUUGAAUCUUACCGGUCUUAUAUCCUUCUUCUCAAACAAAGGAUUUACUGCUAAGGAAAUGGUGGCUCUUUCAGGGUCUCACACAAUAGGGCUGGCAAGGUGCACAGUAUUCCGACCUCGGAUCUACAAGGAUACCGACAUAAACACGGCAUUUGCGAAUUCUUUGAAAUUAAAAUGUCCCAGCACAGGCGGCGAUAGCAAUCUCUCCCCUCUUGACACCACGAGUUCUACAGUCUUUGACAGCGCCUAUUACACCAACUUGAUCAGCGGCAAGGGUCUUCUACACUCGGAUCAACAGCUCUUCAGUGGUAGUGGUGGUGGUGGCUCCAUUGAUGCUCAAGUUAGGUCUUAUAGUGCCAACUCUGCGUCUUUCUUCAAAGAUUUUGGGAAUGCCAUGGUGAAGAUGGGAAACCUUAGCCCACUCACCGGCACCAACGGUCAGAUUAGGACCAAUUGUAGGAAAAUUAAUUCAGGCUAAGAGACUUAGUUUUCUUUAAUUUUUCAAUGCCUCUCUUUCUAUAUAUAUAUAUUUUUUUAUCA